AUGGCAGCCUGCAUCAGGAUUAUUCAGUGGCUGAUUGGUCUUGAUGCAGAGUUGUCUUACGUGAGGAAUGAUGUGGUUAAUCGCUAUGCGUUGUCCUUCAAUCUCUUAAUACCCAGCGAGACCAACAAUCUUCACUUCAGCUGGCAUGCUAAAUCCAAGGUUGAGUAUAAACUGGGAUUUCAGGUAGAUAAUCCCAUGGCUAUGGCUAUGCCCCAGGCCAACAUUUCUCUACAAGGAGAAGUUCCUCGCACCCUUUCAGUGUUUCGUGUUGAACUCUCCUGCACUGGCAGACUCGACUCUGAGGUCACAAUACUAAUGCAGCUCAACUUGACAAUAAAUUCAUCAAAAAACAUCACAGUUUUAAAUUUCAAACGAAGGAAAAUGUGCUACAAAAAACUUGAACCAGAAGUAAAAUCUCCAACAUCUGACAAAAACAGCAGCAAGGCUAUCUUUGAUCCUGUGAACACAGCUCCCACCACUUCUACCCGUGUGUUUUAUAUCAGUGUAGGCGUGUGCUGUGCUGUUAUAUUCCUCGUGGCAAUAAUACUAGCUGUCUUGCAUCUCCACAGCAUGAAAAGGAUAGAGUUGGAUGACAGUAUUAGUGACAGCAGUAGUUCACAAGGCUUAUCCCAACCUUCCACACAGACGACACAGUACUUGCGAGCUGACACGCCAAACAAUGCAACACCAGUAACCAGUUAUCCUACGUUACGGAUAGAGAAGAAUGAUCUUAAAAGUGUCACUCUCAUGGAAGCAAAAGCUAAAGUGAAGGACAUAGCCAUCUCCAGGGAGAGGAUAACUCUAAAAGAUGUGCUCCAAGAAGGAACAUUUGGACGCAUUUUCCAUGGGAUUCUCAUAGAAGAAAAAGACCCCAGUAAAGAGAAACAAGUUUUUGUCAAAACUGUUAAAGAUCAAGCCUCAGAGGUACAGGUGACAAUGAUGCUGACUGAAAGCUGUAAACUCAGAGGACUUCAUCACAGGAAUCUGCUGCCUAUCACUCAUGUCUGUAUAGAGGAGGGAGAGAAACCAAUGGUGCUGCUGCCUUACAUGAACUGGGGGAACCUUAAACUAUUCUUGCGACAGUGCAAGCUGGUAGAGGCCAACAAUCCUCAGGCAAUUUCCCAGCAGGAUCUUGUACAUAUGGCUAUUCAGAUUGCCUGUGGAAUGAGUUAUUUGGCCAGACGGGAGGUCAUUCAUAAAGACCUGGCUGCUAGAAACUGUGUCAUUGACGAUGCACUUCAGGUUAAGAUUACAGACAAUGCGCUAUCUCGAGACCUAUUUCCUAUGGACUACCAUUGCCUGGGAGAUAAUGAAAACAGACCAGUUCGAUGGAUGGCUCUCGAAAGCCUGGUUAACAAUGAAUUUUCCAGUGCUAGUGAUGUGUGGGCCUUCGGAGUAACGCUGUGGGAGCUGAUGACUUUAGGACAGACUCCGUAUGUCGAUAUCGACCCCUUUGAGAUGGCUGCUUAUUUAAAGGAUGGCUAUCGAAUAGCUCAGCCAAUCAACUGCCCUGAUGAACUGUUUGCUGUGAUGGCCUGCUGUUGGGCCCUAGAUCCUGAAGAAAGACCCAAGUUUCAGCAGCUGGUGCAAUGUCUAACUGAAUUUCAUGCAGCAUUGGGAGCCUACGUCUGAAACUGCAGAAGAAGAUUCAAUUCACUGAUUGGGAGAAGGCAUGGCAUACACCUGCAGCUCCAUGCAUCAUUCGGACUCACACACGUGAUGUGUAUAAAGCAACACCAAAGGGAGAAAGCACUUCUUCCAAAACACUGUGCCUUAGAAUGCUUUAGUAGUCUGAAGUUUUUUGUAAGACCUCUUGAUGUUGAAUAUUUUCUAGAUAUCACUUUUGCUAAGUUAAAUUGAGACCUUUUUAUUUGCCAUCAGAAUUUUUAAAGUGUAGUGAUAGUGAACUUAAACACGAGAUUUGGAUGGACUUUGCACUCUUAGGACAGACACAUGAUUUUUUUUGAAGGGUAUAUGGAACUGGUAGAAAAGUGAGGAUAGGGGAAAUUCAUGCAAAAGCCACACUGCAGAAAAUUUUCCCUGCUUUUUAAAAAUGUUGAAACUGAAUCUUUCUGGCCAGCUCUAGUGUUUGUACUUGUAUGUAUCUGGAAUAGCUUUUUAGUAUCAACUUCUUCUAUUUUGAGACAACAGCACAUUGUGGUUGGAUCCACAAGCGGCAUCUUACUUUUUUUUAACCCAUUCAUGAAUGUUUUUUGGAAAAGCUGGUCUUCAGGAUAC